AUGCUUUUGUCCAACGUGAGCCUGAGCAUCUGCGCGGGCUUCAACAGUGCCCUGCACGGCGGAGCCGGGCAAGGGCACCCGGACCUGGGAGGCGGCUCUCAGCGCUCCACCCUCAGUCCGACAGGGAACCUCCUCGUGGCCGUGUGCUUGGGCUUCAUCGGCACUUUUGGACUUGUCAACAACUUGCUGGUGCUGGUUCUCUACUGCCGCUACAAGAUACUGCGCUCGCCCAUCAACUUGCUCCUGAUUAACAUUUCCAUCAGCGACUUGCUGGUGUGCGUGCUGGGGACGCCGUUCAGCUUUGCGGCCAGCACACAGGGAAGGUGGCUCAUUGGAGCGAAGGGCUGUGUAUGGUACGGCUUUGCCAACUCUCUCUUUGGCAUUGUGUCCCUCAUCUCUCUGGCUGUCCUCUCCUACGAGCGCUACAGCACCAUGAUGACCCCGACUGAAGCCGACUCCUCCAACUACUGUAAGAUCUGCUUGGGCAUCACCCUUUCGUGGGUUUAUUCCCUCAUCUGGACCCUGCCGCCACUUAUUGGCUGGAGUCACUACGGUCCAGAAGGUCCCGGGACCACCUGCUCCGUGGACUGGAAAGCCAAGACGGCCAAUAACAUAUCUUACAUCAUUUGUCUGUUCAUCUUCUGCCUCAUUGUGCCAUUGAUGGUGAUCGUGUUCUGCUAUGGAAAGCUGCUGUGCGCCAUCAGACAGGUGAGUGGGAUCAAUUCGUCGAUGAGCAGGAAACGGGAGCAGCGAGUCUUGUUCAUGGUGGUGAUCAUGGUAAUCUGCUACCUUAUGUGCUGGUUGCCUUACGGAGUCAUGGCGCUGCUGGCCACUUUCGGACCACCUGGCUUUGUCACGCCCGAAGCGAGCAUUAUACCUUCCGUUCUGGCAAAGACGAGCACAGUCAUCAACCCGGUCAUAUAUGUCUUCAUGAAUAAACAGUUUUACAGAUGUUUCCAAGCGCUGCUACAUUGCGAGGCUCCUCGGCGAGGCUCCAGCGUGAAGAGUUCAUCAAAAGUUGGCACCAAGCCCAUGAGGGCUACAGCAUUGACUGUUUUAUCAUAUGAUUAUGUGAACCCAAUCAAUCAAACAUAAGUAAGAAAAUAUAAAGAAGAACAGUAAAAAUAAGAAAAACAAUAAUAAAAAAAUCAAUAAAAAACUGAGAUGACAGCGGACGGGUUGGGGAACGUGUAGGGUGAAACACGACAAAAACAGACAAUGAUAGCAACAACUUCCAGUGAAGAUGAGGUCUUUCCUCAAUACUCCAGUUCAAACUUAUCAUGUGAUCUAAAAACCUGCUGGCCGAUGUUAAUAUGCAGGAAAAGUCUCACACGGUCCCUCUGCCUUAGGCGACCAGAAUGCUAUCAAUAAAAAAGAAAAAGAAAAACACAGAAACAGUACAUCAUUGUAUCCAUCACUUGCGAAGCAUUUUCGAUGGUCAAGUUUCUGUAAAACAUGCACAGUAUAACAGCACCUACGCAAUCCGCGUUUCAUCAAGGUCGUCACACCCGUCACGACUAAGAAGUUGUAUAUGUACGUGUGCUACGGUAGAAGAGACAACCCUCGUCACAGCAGACUUCAAACAUGGGAUAACACAGGUCGUAAACAAGCACAACACCAGCACAACAAGCACAGGAGACACUAGUUUCAACAGCAGUUGCCACCAGUUGCCAGAGAAUAGCCAUGAAAAGAAACCCCACUGUUGUUGUUAGGGUGGUGCUCACUCUAACUUAUUUUGCAACAACCACACUGGAGUCAAGCAAGUCAUUUUAGACACCUGCAGGCGGAGAGUUCACUCGUCGCUGUGCUUACAGCGAUGGUCGAAUGAAGUCUGACUCAGGCCUCGUCAGGUGCUUAUUUAUUGAGAGAAACAGAGUGGGGUUGAAAGUGGGGGUGUGGGAACACGCAGGAUAAGGUGAAGACGGUCCUCUGCUGAUCAAAGCAUAGCAGGGGGCCUUUUACGACUUUCUGUAAACAAAGCAACUUUGAUUGCUUCCUCUGCGUCUAGUCAAUCAGUUGAAAGGACCUUAGCACUUUGGUAAACUAAUUUUGUCUAGACAGGACAAACUAGUUAAAUUAUUACAGGUUACCUUCCAACAUAAUCAUACGAUGAAGAUAUUCUGCAAACCCUAACAUAUCCCUCCUGUUUUAUCAUAUGAUUAUGUCAAACCCGAACAAUCAAACAUAAGUAAGAAAAUACAAUGAAAGCAAUAACUUCCAGUGAGGUUUUUCCCUCAAUACUCCAGUCCAAAGUAUGUGCAACUUAAAAACCUGCGGCCAGAUUAAAUGCAGGAAAAGAGUUACACGGUCCCUCUGCCUUAGGCGACCAGACUGUUAUCAAUCAAGAUAAAAAUUGCUCGUGAUUGUUCAGCCGUUGGGGGCUUGGCACGCCCACUGGUGGAGGGUGAGCACGAUUCUCACCCCCUUCGCAGAUCUGCUCCGUCCGGGGAGAACUUGGAAAUAUCUGCUGCGUGGUCGUUGUCUUCAGUGGCUCAGGGUGGACUACCUGGCCACCAAGGGGGAAGAGGAUUUAUUCUGCCUCUGUUUGUACCGGGGGCGGGGACGCUGUUGAUGGCGGAUCUGGUUCCUGGCAGGAAACCUUCACCGGGGCGCACUGGGACAGAUGAUACCACGUAUCUCCUUUGCCGGCCAGCCGGACGGCAUGUGAGAUGGGCUCAUUCGAGAUGUUUCUUCUGCUCCUCCCAUCACUGUGUGUUGAAUUCUUACGUGCCCUGUUAAGACUCCAAAAACAAUUACGUUUGACAAAACAUUGAAUCUUACAGUACAUUAAAUCAUUCUACUCCCCCACCGUUUUGACACAUUCACGUAAUGUGUCAAUAGCGUCGUUGGGGAGCGAAAAGGACCAGCAAGGUGUCUCUGACACAUUAUCAUACCCAUCCCAGCUGGACUAGAUGGUCCUGUCUUGUCCAGCCACAGGAAACGGGCCUUCUCCAUUGAACCAUUUGACGUCAAUGUUGCCCCUGAGUAAUCAUCAAACACUUACAGGCGAGAGGGAUCUUAUCUUCAAUUGUGAUCACGUCGCCUCCACAUCAACCUACCUAGGCCAUUCAUAUGCGCGCACACACGUACAAACUAACAGACACAAAGGCACCCAUUCAUUCACCAUCACAUCUCAACCUCUGUCCCACCUUCCAACAUCCGUGGAGACAAUGGAACAGAACGGUCCAUGUGCAACACCACAGGAGCCGUCUCACACAGCCUUUCCACACCACAAUACCACACUCCCCCUGCUACAGUCCAGUCUCAGUGGAGACAAUGGAAGGCAGGAAGGCACAGGUGAGACACCGGAGUCGCAAGCUCCUGCAAUCCUUCCACAAACCAAUUACAACAAAAGCCCAAAUCAUUUAUUUCCAUUUGGGAGGAUCACAACGGCCAAAUUUUACAAAUGACAAACCUCAAGACGCGACGCAGGUCUUGGAACCACAUCGACGACCGCCAAACGCAAAUGCCGGGUCAAGGACUGUUCUUCGCCUGUUCUUUGCAACUCUUGUAGUCAAUUUUAUUGCCCUUUUGAACUGGGCAGAUAGGGGUGUUUGCGAGAAGAGUUUGAGCACUUCCUAAUGAUUCCCCCUAACCAAAGACCAUUUAUGACAGGGGCUAUCCCAUUUAUUGCCUCCUGUUUUAGAGGAGAUUCUCUGGUCUUUGUCGGAUGUGGGCUGGGGGAAUGGAUGUUAAGUCCUGUAGCAAAUGGUUCCUUUGAUCAGUCAAACAAAUGUUGAUUAGCCUAAGUGCGUGCCCUUCCAAACAUGUACAGCACUUCCUCAUAGCUUCUUUAGUCAUUUUUCAAUCAUCUUCCAAUUGUUUACAGCACAAAUUAGAAAAGCUCGAGAAAAUUUUAACUUAAUAGCAUGACGCCAAAUGUGUUAGAGAAUCCAUAUGUCGUAAAGUGUUGUAUUUUUACUAUCUUUCACUAUCUGUCCUACUUACUCCCCCCUUCUGAGGCUUGGCAUCGCCCAUGCCUCACACCUUGACAAACCUUUUUGGGAGAAUGUGUUCUUUACUACAUAUGAGUCCAUCAUUUAAUUUGACUUCCUUUCCAAAACGCUUCUCAAUUUCCCAGUUCACACAUCUUCUGCAUGUGUUACUGGUUCUCCAGUUUUUUCUCUAGUUAAUUAUCACUCCAAAAGCAACCUUUACUUUUCUUUUGUCUGUUUUUUUUUGUUUGUUUUUUUCUUAGCAUUUAACUUAAAUUUCGUUGUACGUGUUACAAUGACAAAUAAAGAUCUACCUAUCUACUCAAAAUCACUCUUCCUUCAAAGUCGCUCGACUAAUUUUCCAUGGUAGCCUCCAACAACUUCAACCACUUAAGCUGUAUUUUCCUUUCAGUCAGGCAUUCAGUCAUCAAUGCUCAUUUGCAUCUCACACACAGCCUCCAAAAAGGAGUCUUUCCAUCACAUUGGUCCCAAUUCAUCCAGGCACUCCACACAACAUUCACAUACCAUUUUCAACUCAAGGUUCCUGAUAGAACAAUCCACCAAUCCAAAAAAAACUCAACACAAAAAAAACUGCCAGCAAACUAAUCAGGAUUUUUUUUUCACUGUUUUUAAAUUUGAAGAACUCAAUCUCUCAGGUUCAGCUCGCAUAUAGAAGUUUGUAUAAUCUUAUAACACAACCAGUCAACUAUUUCUACUAAAUGUCAAUGUCUUAAAUUCACAAUUUUGAUUCUUCCAAUUCCUGAAAGCAUGUUCUGUCGUUUCUUAUUUAACAUGCACUAGUGUGGAUCAAUUUUCUGCUCGCAAACAGAUUUCUCUCUUUUCCUCUCAUUCUUAUCUUUCAAUUUUUUCUGUUCUGCGGUGCAAAUUGGAUAGACCACAGUCUAGCAAAUUUCUUUAUACUAAAAGUUUAGCCAAUUUUCAUCAUUUUAACACACAUGCACAGCUCUCGCGCGCGUAAGGUAGCUCCCAGCACCAAUGAUUCGUCACAGGCUGGCCAUUUCCUGUGGUCGAUCAUGAGCUAGUCCCUCCCACGCACGCGAGGACAGCACAUUCUAAUUUUUCAUUUAUCUUCUCGAAGCAAGUUGCAUUUAUUUACCACUUGAUUUGCAAAUUUUAACUUCAGUGUACACACACAAUUUGAUCUCUGGUCAUUUGUCAUUGGGCAUACAACAGCAUUGCCAUACUUCUCGUAUGGACAGGAGCUCUAAUAAUCUAAAAAACGUUCUAAUAAUCUGACAAUGACAUGUUCUGCUGUCAUAUGGACAUCUGUUACUUCUUUCUCUGCAUGAGCAUGAGGGGUCAAAGUGGAGGAAGCUUGUCAUGCUGUAAAUGUGACCUUUCCUCUGCCCCUUCCCCCACCCCUUGAUUGGUUUUGUCUUGCAAAACGACACGCUCUUGCCAAGUGUCCUCGUCUCCCACAGUUUCAACAGUUGUCAGAAUCUGAUGGGGGUUUCGAAUUAUAUGGUGGCCUGCGACCUCGCUGGCCUCUACCUCUUUCUGGCCCGCUGGGACCCAUGGAAGAACACUGUUGUAUCUUCAUCUAGGUCAUCAUCAUCAUCGUUGCCUAGAUGAAAUACAUCAGAACUUUUGCCUCUUUUGAUCACUUUUUCAGCAUGUCUGGCCCAUUGCAUAGUUGUUGUCACACUUGCAACAUCUACUUCCACCAAAUGUUUUCUCACCCAGUUGCCGAUUUCAGGGCGGAAAUUCGUAAGGAGCGCAUUUUUAAGCUGUUGCUGAUCAGCACUCUCAGCUGCAUCAUUGAAUGGGAUGCCACUAUGCACCCUGAAUUCUUUUUCAAAUCUUAAGCGAAAAUCAUCAGUAUCUUCGCCAGGCUUCUGUUUAAUUCCUGCCAAAUGACCAUAAUUCGCUCGUCUUCGAAAUAUAGUUCUCACUCUUUGCACAAGAUCAUUCCAUUGUGCUGCAUACUCCCCUACCAAUUGAUUUCCCUCAACGGGAUAGGGAAAGGGCCCUUGAUUAUUUCUACCUGUAUAAUGACCUCUAACCUUUGCCCAGUCUUUUCCCAAAGAAGACAUUGCAGCUUCUCCUGCCUCAUGCCCAUUCAGUCUAUAGGAAUGUAUGAUUCCAGCCAUGUCUUCUGCCCAUUUAUCUGGGUCUUCAGCAACAGGGGUAACCCCUUCAACUGCUUUUCUUGCUUCUUCCAAAGUCCAUGGCCGAAAAACAUACGUAUGUGGAGGUUGGCCUUCCCCUACAAUAGGGUUUGGCACCUCUAUCAUUGGGCACACAUCAACAUUGUCCAAAUUUUGGGAAAACCUAGCAGCAGUGGUCAAACUUCUUGUUUGUACAGGACUUCUAGCAAUGUGACACUGACUUUUCUUUCUGUUAUAUGGGGGAGGGUGCAGGUCUGUUAAACCUGGAUACAAGUUUUGCAUACGAGCGGAAGCUCCCUCUUGCUCCGCUUGAGCUGCAUUUCCAGCUGCGUCUGGAGCCGUGGCCGGGACAGUGCGCCUGCGCACUGUGGCCUCAUUGUCUUCCGGCCUGACAAACAUAGAUGCAGCCUCAUCACUUCUCAACUUUCUAUCUUUUGUCUUUUGGAUUUGUUCUCUUCUCUCUUGCGAAGCAUUCAACCACAUUCUAGCACAAAUCAAUUCUUUCUCUUUACUUUUAUUUUUCAGUCCCUUUGACUUCCUAUUCACACUCUCCUCGACAACAUCAACCACUAUCUUCCAGACUUCCACUUUCAACUUUGCUUCUACUCCAUACUUUUUCUUCCACUUUGGCAUGUAUUGCAUACAAUUAAGAAAUUUACCUGCCAUGUACUUCUCAUCUCCUUCAAGGGCUAGGGAUUUACCGUUCUUAUUUCCCAUCUUAAUUCGGUUUUUUAGGUUUAUACAAUUUUUUAUUUCUUUUUUUUCUUUUCUUUUCUUUGAGGAUCCUCAAUGCAGGUUUAAAUUGACCUUCCACCAAAUUCUCUUUGCAGUCAAUUUAUCCUACCAGUCGCACUCUCUCAACCACACAAACACCAACGCUUUUUAUUUCUAAGCCUAUCCAGGAUGGGUGUAAAACCCUCCAACACAGCUUGGAAGAACGGACAAAAAAAAGAAUCUACGCCCUUCUUCAAUUAAGAAAAAAAAGCUCUGUUCUUUAACUUAGCCCGUUCCUUCCUCUGGGACUUGAACCCAAGCUGUCUCCCGCGCUUUUUAUUUCUAGGCCUAUCCAAUAUGGGUGUAAAAGCCUCCAACACAGCUUGGAAGAAUGGACAAAAAAAAAGAAUCUACGCCCUCCUUCAAUUAAGAAAAAGAAGCUCUGUUUUUUCUUAGCCCGUUCCUUCCACUGGGACUUGAACCCAAGCUGUUCUUUGGCCGGAAAAACGUACAAAGAAAAAUCUACACUCUUCUUUGACCAACAAAAAAGAAGCUCCGUGUUUCUUAGCAUGUUCCUUCCACUGGGACUCUAACCCAAGCCAGAUCCCUCAGCUUGGAAAAACAGACAAAGAAGAAUCUACACACUUCUUCGAUGAACGAAAAAGAAGCUCUGCUUUUCUUAGCCUGUUUCUUCCCCUGGGACUUGAACCCAAGCUGUCUCCCGUGCACCUUUUACGCGUUUCACAACCACACAAUUUUUUAACUUACCUGACCCCUGGUCCGUUGCAUUGCGGGAACCCGUCAAUCCACCUCUGGCAAACGAAGGCUGACCUAAGAUGCUGGCCCAGCGAAGAAAUUCUCUUCCCAGGACUUUCUUUUCCAGGUCCCCCUAAAGGACGCUGGCUUGUCGACAAUGCAGCACGUCCUCCUCCGUCAGCCAGAUGGCGGGUAUGAGGGUCCCGGGUUUCGGCACCAAAAUGUUAGGGUGGUGCGCACUUUAACUUAUUUUGCAAGAACCACACUGGAGUCAAGCAAGUCAUUUUAGACACCUGCAGGCGGAGAGUUCACUCGUCGCUGUGCUUACAGCGAUGGUCGAAUGAAGUCUGACUCAGGCCUCGUCAGGUGCUUAUUUAUUGAGAAAAACAGAGUGGGGUUGAAAGUGGGGGUGUGGGAACACGCAGGAUAAAGUGAAGACGGUCCCCUGCUGAUCAAAGCAUAGCAGGGGGCCUUUUACGACUUUCUGUAAACAAAGCAACUUUGAUUGCUUCCUCUGGGUCUAGUCAAUCUGUUGAAAGGACCUUAGCACUUUGGUAAACUAAUUUUGUCUAGACAGGACAAACUAGUGAAAUUAUUACAGGUUACCUUGCAACAUAAUCAUACGAUGAAGAUAUUCUGC